CGAAUGAGCUGCAGAAGCAGAAAUCUGCUCUCAUCCCUGGAGCCAACACAGCGCGAUGACCGUGGCGGUGGAUGCGAGCUGUUGAAGAUUGUUACCUUGGUUGAAACUACCUCACACGGUGCAUGAGUAGCGGCUGGUCGCGGCGGGAGGAAACACCGCAGCUGCUGGUCACUACGGACGGCUCGCCUGCUCUCACCGACUGUGACCCGGACAUCAGGAAGAAGUGUUUGUGACUGUCCAGUGAAGCCAGCAGGCAGAAUGGCUGAGCCGGAGCUUCUGUUGGACUCCAAUAUCCGACUGUGGGUGGUGUUGCCCAUCGUCUUCAUCACCUUUCUAGUCGGGGUCAUUCGCCAUUAUGUGUCCAUUCUUCUUCAAAGUGACAAGAAGUUGACGUUGGAACAAGUCUCUGACAGUCAGGUUCUUAUUCGGAGCAGAAUUCUCAGAGAAAAUGGAAAAUACAUUCCCAAACAGUCCUUUUUGAUGAGGAAGUUCUACUUCAAUAAUCAAGAAGAUGGGUUUUUUAAGAAGACCAAAAGAAAGGUGGUUCCACCCUCUCCAAUGACAGAUCCCAGCAUGCUGACAGACAUGAUGAAAGGGAAUGUGACCAAUGUGCUUCCCAUGAUCCUCAUCGGCGGAUGGAUCAACUGGACCUUUUCAGGAUUUGUAACAACUAAGGUUCCCUUCCCUCUCACGCUGCGCUUUAAGCCCAUGCUGCAGCAAGGAAUCGAGCUGCUCUCACUGGAUGCUUCCUGGGUGAGCUCAGCGUCAUGGUAUUUCCUGAAUGUGUUUGGACUUCGAAGCAUGUACUCCUUAAUUCUAGGCCAAGAUAAUGGAGCAGAUCAGUCAAGGAUCAUGCAGGAGCAAAUGAGUGGUGCCGCCAUGGCCAUGCCUGCAGACACGAAUAAAGCUUUCAAAGCUGAGUGGGAAGCACUGGAGCUGACCGACCAUCAGUGGGCGCUGGAGAGCGUAGAGGAGGAUCUGAUGAGCAGGGAGCUGGACUUUGAUGGCAUGUUUAGCAAGGAGCUCCCCAGUGGUAUCUUCUGAUGGCCUAAUCGUUUCUACUCGGAGCCUUCAAUUUAAUGUUUGGUCAUUGCAGGGAUUUGUUUUUGUGUAAAACCACACAAGUGGGACAAAUCCCCUCAUAUUAUGCAAAGUUUACAUCAACUAAUUUGUGGUCAUUGUCUUUUCACAUGUCUUUACCUUUCCAUUCCUGUCCAUAAAUUAUCUGAAAUGACUUAAAAUACACUGGUUCUGCUGCUGUCUCAUGCAUAUUAGAAAGCAUUGCUUUGUUGUGUCAUCUUUGAGACAAGGAGAUAUUUGGGAGAUAUUAAGUGACUUUUUGCGUAUUGAAAAGCAUUAUUAUUGGCUUGCAACUUUAUGCCAUCAGAAUGCUAUAAGGUAAUAGAUCAAGAUAGAUCAGCUGUUUUGUGUCAGCUGUCUAAAGGCGAAAGCAGGCCCAAGUACAGUUAGUUUUUAGCAAGAGGACAUGUUUUUGUGAUUGAAAAAUUGUGUUUCUGAAUUAUUUAGACAGUUUGUUUUGGAAUGUAACUCCCUUGUGUUUUGUACAGUAUAAAAUCUGUUUGACUAAAAA